AUGUCAACUCCUAAUAAUCGAUUAGAACCAGUGGCAGUUGUAGGCAUAGCCUGUGAAUUUGCAGGUGAUAUUCAUUCUGCCAACGAUUUAUGGCAUGCAUUGAAGGACAGUCGAGAUGUGGGUAGUGCAAUCCCACGUGAUCGACUCGAUCUCGAUUCUUAUUGUGCUCAUAUGUUUAACAAGGAUAAUGAUGGGCAAUUUCGACAGAAACUUAUUCGGCGAGGAUAUUUUGUAUCAAAUAAUCAAUGGGAUAUGUUUGAACCAAGUUUCUUUGGUCUAUCCGACGCCGAGGCAGGUAGUAUUGAUCCAUGCCAUCGACUACUCAUGCUCAAAUUUGUUCAUUUACUUGAUGAUGCUGGUUAUAGUAUAGAGAAAAUGAAUGGUUCACGAACAUCUGUGCAUAUUGGACAAUUUUCCACAGAUCAUGCUAUAACAUCAUUUCGCAUGGAGCCUGAACAUCGAUCGAGAUUUCAUGGACCUAAUAGUUUACUGUACAAUGCUGCUGCUCGACUAUCCUAUCAUUUUAAUCUACAAGGUCCUAACGUAUCAUUGGAUGUUGCCUGUUCAUCGUCGCUGGAGGCUGUACAUCUAGCUGUGCAAAGUCUUCGCACAAAUGAAGUAGACAUGGCUAUAUGUGGUGGAGUGAAUGCUGUCUAUUCACCAGAGAAUCUUUUAUAUGGUUCGAUUAUGGGCGCUGUAUCACCUGAUGGACGGAGUCGAUCGUUUAGCGUCGAUGCAAAUGGUUAUGCAAAAGGUGAUGGUCUUGGUCUUCUACUGCUAAAACGAUUGAGUGAUGCUGAACGUGAUAAUGAUCGUAUAUAUUGUGUUCUUCGUGAUGUACUUAGUAACCAUGAUGGGAGCGAAGAUAAGAACAGUUUUGUUGUCCCGUCAACUGCUGGUCAGGCACGUCUACUCAAUGAUAUUUACAAGCGAGCAGACUUUGAUCCUCGACGUAUUUUUUAUGUCGAAGCACACGGCACUGGUACGCCAAUAGGUGAUCCCAUCGAAGCUAAUUGUUUAGGUCUAUUUUUCAAUCGAUCUUGUUUUGAUCCACCAUUAUUAAUUGGUUCUGUUAAAAGUAAUUUAGGACACACAGAAGGAACAGCUGGCAUUGCCGGAUUGAUUAAAAUUGCUAUGUGUAUGCAUCAUCGAAGUAUUCCACCAAAUAUGCACUUCACAUCAUUAAAUCCGAAUAUUGAAGCACAACGAUAUAAUCUUCACGUUAUCCAACAUUCUGUACCAUUUCCUGUUAGUAAUGACACUGAUUCCAUAGCUAUGGGCAUUAAUUCAUUUGGCAUCGGAGGCAACAAUGCACAUGCUAUUGUUGAAGAAUAUCACCCAAGUGAAACUUCAGCUAUGAACAGAUCUGAAAAUGAUAUGGAGAGCAAACAAUAUUUCAUUUUUAUCUUUUCAAGUGAGUUACAUAAACAUAAAUUGUCUAAUCAAAUAGUGUACUUACGUUUUUCUCUUCUAGCAAAAAGUCGUAAAUCUCUAAACCAUCAAGUAUCUCAAUUCAAUCAAUGGUUACAAAAGACAUCAAUAACUGAUAUGAACAAUAAUUAUGCAUUUCUUCAACGCAUCUCUCAACAACUUCUUCUAAAGCGUACUAUUAGUCAUGCACACCUAGCCAUCUUCGUAUUUGCCGAUAUUAAACAACUUCAAGAACAAAUCAACGCCUUUCUCGUUCAAGAGUCAUUACCCGGUCUUUCUAUAUCCAUGCGUCCAACAAUAUCACUAGCAAAGAUAUGUUUCGUUUUUAGUGGACAAGGUCCUCAAUGGUGGGCUAUGGGUCGACAAUUGUAUGAAAGUGAACCUGUUUUUACUCGAUGGAUUCAAAUGAUCGAUGCUGAAAUGGCAAAGAUCAACAAUGACGAAUGGCAUCUAUUGGAAGAAUUGAUUGGCAAAAAAAGCGAAAGCGAAUCUCGUAUUAAUGAUACAAAUAUUGCCCAACCAGCUUUAUUUGCUAUUCAAGUUGGAUUGGCUGCUCUACUUGUCUCAUGGAAUAUUUAUCCUUCGACAAUUGUGUCACAUAGUGCUGGAGAUCAGGCAGCUGCUUUUGUUGCCGGUCGUCUCACUUUGCAAGAAGCUGUUCUUAUUGUUUAUCAUCGAUCACGUCUUCAAAAUCGUAAUACACGACAAGGUGGUCGUAUGUUAGCCGUAUCCAUGAGUGAAGAAGAAGUACGAAAUAAACUUCUCAAGGGUAUUGAACAUCUUAUUUCUAUUGCUGUUGUUAACAGUCCUCGUUCAGUAACAUUAAGUGGAGAUGAAAAGAUUAUCGAUGAAUUACAACAAACUCUCUCAACAUUUUAUCCCAAUGUUUUUAAAGCUCGUCUUCGUAUUGAAAAUGCAUUUCAUUCUUAUCAGAUGGAUCGAUUUGAUAUAGAAAAAGAGAUGUUAUCAUCACUUAAAGAUAUACAAGGACUUCCUCUAAAAGACUCUCAACAAAUGUUUAAUCCAAAAUGUGCUGAAGCUCAUCUUUAUUCGAGUGUAACUGGUAAUAAAUUAAAUGAUCACAUGCCAGUCGAUGCUCGUUAUUGGUGGUCAAAUGUGAGACAAUGUGUUCGAUUUCAUGAUGCUAUGGCAUCAAUUCAACAACAUGAUGCUCCAACUGUUUUUCUUGAACUUUCACCACAUCCAGUCUUGGCUACAUCUAUUCGAGAGUGUUAUGAAUCGACAAAUAAACAACCACUUAUUCUUCCAACAUUGAAACGAAAAGAAAAUGAACAAAUAACAUUACUUACUAGUCUCGCACAACUAACAACAUCAUCUCAUGUUUGGCAACAAUAUUUUCAAACUCGAGAUAUAGCACCGAUGAUAGACAGUGGGCAAAUAUUUGAUGAUUUUCCAUUGUAUACAUUUGAUCUUAGUUCAUGUUGGUAUGAAUCAAAAGAUUCAGUUAUGACACGUUUGGCUAAUCGUAUUCCUAUUCAUCCUCUACUUGGUGUUCGUCAAUUAACAGGACAAACAAGUGCUACAUGGAAGAGUCUCAUCAAUAUUAAUCUACCACAAUAUGCUUACUUGAAAGAUCACAAAAUUCAAGAUGCAAUUCUCUUUCCUGCUGCUGCCUAUCUUGAACUUGUAACAGCUGCCUAUCAUCAAUUAUUUCUAUCAUUCGAUAAAAAACAGUCUUCAAUCAUUUUAAAGCAAAUCAAAUUUGUCAAAGCUCUCAGCCUGAAUGAGCAUGAGCUAACAGAAGUAUUUACACAAAUUAUCGUACCAGUUCGUGAAUGGUUUGUCUAUAGUCGACCAUGGACAUCAGCUGGUUCAGAUUGUAUGCGCUCAUCAGGCAUGGCAAGUAUUGAUGUUGUCGAUUCUUUUAUCGAUCCAGAAACUCUUAAUCAAUAUUCAUUACGUGAAUUCACUUUACAUGCUCAUGGUCAAAUUGAGAUGGACGGUGCUCAACAAAAACUAACAACACUACUUUCUUCCAGACCAACUUACAAUACUUGGUCCACGACUGACGCAACCAGUAUUUAUAAUCAUUUAUCAACACGAGGUUAUCAAUAUGGACCUUCUUUUCAAAACAUACAAUCAUUAUGUGGUACGACAUCUACAGUUAUUGCUCAGAUCCAAAGCAAUCCUGAUACAAUUAUUGAUCUCUCUUGUUAUCAUUUACUUCAUCCAACUAUAUUGGAUAAUUUUUUGCAGCCACUUCUAGUUUUGUUACCUGGUGUUGAUACUACAUUCCUUCCAGUUAGUAUCCACAGAUUUGUUGUUACGAACAAGAUGAGCACAUCCCACUCAAACAUGGAACUGCAUGGAAACUAUCAUGAUAUCGUUUGUGGCCUAGGUCAAGAGCGAGCAUUUAGUAUUGAUAUAUUGAUUCUACCAAGUGGCGAUACGACAAUCAACGAACCGAUGUUCAUGUUUGAAAGUCUUGUAAUUCAACAAGUUCAAGGUGUACAAUCUGGUCGAUGGACAUUAGACAAGUCCAUUUUUGACAAAUUAAAUGCAGCUGCUGAUUUGCCUAAUGUAGAUCGUUGUGAACAAUUAGACACAAUUAUAAAAGACUAUUGUAUGGAAAGAAUAUGGAUCGAUUCACCAAUAAUAACAAGCGUAGCUGAUUUGCUUCCAUUGCUCGAUCAAAUUCGUAAUGGCGGAAUCGAUGCUGUUAGUAAUCAAGAUUUGAUUGAUUCAAUCGAACCAUUCAACGAAUUAGCUGCAUGUUAUGCUCAAUUAUCAAUAAAAGGUCUCGAUCUAAACCUUGUCGAUAAUCAGUAUCAUUCUUUAUUAAAUGCAUGCCACUCUCUUGCUACUAUAUUACAUGAACCAAUAACAUUACAUUCUACACAACUUCGUCUUAGACAGUUAUUCGAUCAUUUUCCUCGUCUGAAAUCACUUUUGACCUUAAUGGAUACAUAUGGUUCGCGUCUGAAAGAUGUCUUUACUGGACAACAGAAUGGUUUAGAUAUAUUUUUGGGAAACAACGAAACUGAACGAGCAUUGCAACAAAUAAAAACUAUUAUGAGUGCACAUAAAACAGAGCAAAUAUUUCAUGCAAUAUGUCAACAUCUUCACAUCUUAAACGGUCAGAGUAGCCAUGGAUUACUCAGCGAUCGACGAUUACGUAUAUUUUGGUUUGCUAGUGGUGAACACUUGGACGUUUUACCUGUUCUUCAUCUUUUACUUGAUUUAUCACGUCAAACAAGUUUAUGGAUUGAUUUACAUUAUACGGAUAUGGAUCCAGUGCAGCUCGCACAAGCCGAACAAUUAUUUGAGGCGCAUUUGGCUGAUCAAACUCAUUUAAGCAUAAUAUACGAUCAGACAAUUGACUUGUUUAACAAUAAAAUUCUUGAAAAAAUUCCAUUCGAAUCGUUUGAUAUCGUGUUUGCUGCAAAUAAAUUGCAGGAGACUAAAGAUUUGAUUAGAUCGUUAAUUAACCUUCGUCAUCUACUUGUUCCCAAUGGUCUUCUUUUAUUACUUGAAUUAACUGAUGUUCCUCUCUAUUUUGAUCUUAUAUUUGGUUUACUCGAUGAUUGGUGGUUACCAUCUAGUAAUGUACGUGCUCUUCAUAAUAUUCAUCAAUGGAGUACAGUUUUACAAGAAAUUGGUGGAUUUGAAGAUAUUGAGACGGUGAUGAGUCAGUAUGAAAGUACAUUAAUUAUCGCUCGCAAGACAAUAGCUCACAAAGUACUACAAACACUUGACGAGAGAAAAAAUCAAGCAUGGUUAUUCUUUGGCAAAAAUGAUCCUCAAAGUCUCAGUCAUAAUAUCAUACCACUUUUACCAUGUUCAAACAUUCGAUUUUUGGAUAUGUGUGCAUCAACGACUGAUAAAAUUCGUUCUGUACUUGAAACAAUGAUGGAUAGCUAUACACAACUAUAUAUUGUUUUUGCUUGGCCAUUUGAGCAAACUUGCGCCAGUGACAAUAGCGAUUUGGCAUUUAAAGAACACGAAGAGACUAUUGGUGGCACUUUCAUCCAGCUUCUUCAAAUAAUUCACGCAAUAUCGCCUACUUUUUUCCCGUUUAUAUUUGUUAUCACAAGACAUGCGCAGCUAAAUACUGGUUCGAACUGCAAUAUAAUUGAAUCACCAUUUAUUGGUCUUGUACGAAGUUUAAUGGUUGAAUAUGAGCAAUAUCGACUGAAGCUCAUUGAUCUACAAGCACCACCAGCUAUGAUUAAUGAAUCGGGACUUGUUCAUGCUUUGACACAAUACAUGGUAACUUCUCGAUAUACAAAGAAUACUUCUGAGAUUGUUCUUCAUCUUGACACAAAUGAAAAGAAAGUCAAACAUAUCACAUGGUAUUAUGAAAUGUUGAAAACACAUGACAAAAAAGAAGAUCAAUCAAAACUAAAACAAAUUUGUAUUAUUCCUCAACAAGAUGCUAAUGAACAACCAUUCCGUCUUGGUGUGCCUCCGUCUCGUUUUCUCACUGAAUUAACAUGGAUUCCGGACAAUAGAGCUAAAGAAUUAUUACCAGGCAUGGUAGAAGUUCAAAUUCACUGUGUAGGCAUUAACUUUCGUGACGUAUUGAAAGCACGAGGUCUGUAUCCACAUACUCGUACGUUUGCACAAUUGGAUGAGCAUCAGCCACAUAUGAAUCGAGACACUGAACCAGGUUCAGAUUUUGUUGGUACUGUUAUACGUGUUGGUCCUACUGCCAGUUUUCAACCAGGUGAUCAUGUCGUAGGCAUCUCUGUAUGUGGUGCGUUUCAUUCGCAUAUCAUUGUCGACUCAACGCAAGUAGUAUGUAUUCCACCGGAAUGUCCUCUCACCGAUGAACAGUUAUCAGUUAUGCCCGUCAUAUGUCUAACAGUCAUCUAUUCUCUCAAAUAUCGCAUUCAUUUGCGACGUGGUCAAACUGUUCUCAUUCAUGCUGCAACGGGUGGUGCUGGUCAAAUUUGUAUACAAUAUUGUCAAUGGAUUGGUGCUCGUGUUUUAGCUACAGCUGGAACUGAAGAAAAGCGACGGUUCUUACGUGAACAUUGUGGUGUUGAAUAUGUAUUCAAUAGUCGAGAUACUUCUUUUGCUAGUGGUGUGAGAAGUAUUCUACCUGAUGGCGUUGAUGUUAUCAUUAAUUCUUUAUCAGGUAUUCUUCUACAAGAAUCUAUUAAACUACUUGCUGAUCACGGUCAUUUUGUUGAAUGGGGAAAACGAGAUGUGUUUGAUAAGACUCAAUUGUCUAUGUUUGACUUUCGAUCAGAUUGUAGUUUUCAUGUCAUUGAUUUAGUUUCACUGUCUAUCAAACAUCCAAACAUUUGUACUGCUAUGUUGCAAGAAAUGGUUGAUUUAUUAAUUCAAGGCAAACUAAAAGCAAUCGAACCCACAGUUGUGUGUGAGCCAUCACAAGUGAUUGAUGCAUUUAUGAGAUGUAAUAGUAGUCAAUCUAUGGGCAAAACUGUUGUUCGUCUAAUCAAUUCUAAUGAAUCACUCUGUUUGAACAGCGAACAUUAUAAUAAUUUAAUCGAAGAUAAUGAUAUUAUGUUUCCUUCGACUGUUUGCCAGCAAGGAACAAUUUUGAUUUCUGGUGGAUUUGGUGGUCUUGGAUUGACAAUGUCUCGGUGGAUGAUAGAGAAACGAGGUGUAAAACGUAUUAUUCUUAUGAGUCGUCGAACACUAGCUGAGCUUGAACAAUCUUCGAAUCCACAAUAUGGUGAUUGGUUACGUUUGAAACAAACAAUAAAUGAAUAUCAAGCUCAUGUUGAUGUUGUUCAAGCAGAUGUAACAAAUUUUAAUCAAGUAUAUGAUCUGAUCGAAAAAUUGAGUCGAACUUCUUAUCCUGUUCGAGGAGUUAUUCACAGUGCUGUGGUUGCAGAAGACCGAACUUUAGCUAAAAUGACACAAGAAUAUCUGACACAUGUUUUAGCAGCAAAAGUUCGUGGUGCUUGGAUUCUUCAUCAAGUAACACAGCUCACUCAUGCUCCUCUUCACUUUUUCGUCAUGUUCUCAUCAAUUCGAAAUCAUCUACUUGAAAUGGCAUCGUCUGGUUACAAUGCUGGUAAUCAAUUUCUCGAUGCUCUUGCUCACUAUCGUAUGGCUCAACAAAACUUGCCUGCUCUCUCAGUUAGCUUGCCUGCUGUAAGUGGUGCAGGCAUGUUUCAUCGACAACGAGAUAUGGUCGGCACUUUACAAAGUACACAUGGCUUUGAAGUAUUACCACCAAUAGCUGUAUUCGAGUUGAUCGAACGCUUCCAUGCAAAUCAGAAGACUUGUCCAUGUCCUAUUAUUUUUGCUGUUAAUUGGCAAACAUUAUAUGAAAGACGUCACAAAUUACCAAUAUUUCAAUUGAAUAAAAUAGUAAAAGAACGCUAUACUGCUAUGAAGCUCGCAGAUAUAUCAAAAGCAUUAACUGGAAUUAACAGUACAACUACUUCGAACUUGAAUCGAAAAGAAACUAUUAUUGAGCGAAUUCAAAUGGCUGUAGCACGUCUUCUAGGUGCAGCCGAUACUGAUCGUAUCCUAGUUGAUCGUUCACUGACUAGUCAAGGUAUGGACUCAUUAGCAGCACUGUCACUCUAUAAUUGGUUAGGACAAGAGACCAGUGUUUAUAUACCAUUAGUUGAUUUACUUCAAGGAUAUUCUAUUGAAACUAUUGCAACAGUAAUUCAUAACAAGCUCAACGAACGACAUCAAGUUACAUCAUCGACUACUAAAGAAGAAAACAUGUAUACUGAUCUAAUCAAAGAAAAUAAAAUAAAACUAUCUUAUAACUCUAGUUACACUGGGAUAGAGAAUAUCAUUUGUCUUCAAAAUCCAUUACAGUGCAAUAGUAAUAUUUUCUUCUGCAUUACAGAGCAGAUACCAACCAAUACUGAUAAUCUAAAUAAAUUAUUCAUUGACAAAAUAUCUGACCAACAAAGUCAAACAAAAUCAGCUAUCAUUUAUGCUUUCCAAAUACCAUCAGUAACAUCAACAGCAUCAACAUCUACUUAUGCUCGUGAUAUGAUUUUGCAAAUGCGUCGUAUCCAACCACGUGGACCUUAUGAAGUAGUGGCUGUCCGCAACAAACAAGGAGAAAUCAUUGCACAUGAAAUGAUAAAACAACUCAAAGAUUAUUUAAUGAUUAUCGAUAUUAGAUUGAUUCUUUUGGACAAUUAG